AUGAUUACAUUUGCCAUCAUUUCAAUAUUUCUAAUACAGUCAUGUUAUUGUGGUUCAUCUAGGUCCUCACAACCAGAAUGUAAAACGGAAAAGACUUUCAUUGGGAAAAUUUGGUCAGUAUUGGAAUCCUUUAUUAGCUUCAUUUGCUUUUUGAAUGGAAUCUGGAAUACGAUAAAUGAUUGGUAUACCUUUUUUAAUAAUACUACUGCAGCAAAUGGUUAG